CCUCCUCCCACCUCCUCCCACCGGACCCAAAUGCUAGUAAGCCCGGUAGGUUGGCCGCUUUGGUCUGUCAGCUGAAAGAUACCUAGAUUUCACCCCACARCCACCCCGGGAGGACAGAGCGGAAGCGACCCACUGUGWAUUACUUGAACUGACACUACUUGAACAGAAGCAAGAGGGCAGAAGCAACCCCUUCAUUUAAUUCAUCUCAGACAGCAGAGCGGCACUUUACAUACCAACCAAACGCAACAAAAGCACCUGAGUGACAGACGUGUUGAAGUGUGACCGGCUGGGGCUUUAGAUAAAUGGCUGAUAAACAGAUCAGUUUGCCUGCCAAAUUGAUCAAUGGAGGGAUCGCCGGCCUAAUCGGUGUCACCUGUGUGUUUCCCAUUGACCUGGCCAAGACUCGUCUGCAAAACCAGCAAAAUGGAUCUCGCCUUUAUACCAGCAUGUCCGAUUGCCUUAUUAAGACCAUCAGGUCAGAGGGGUAUUUUGGGAUGUAUCGAGGAGCUGCGGUGAACCUAACACUCGUCACGCCAGAGAAGGCCAUUAAAUUGGCUGCUAACGACUUCUUCAGACAUCACCUCUCCAAGGAUGGAAAACUCACUCUGUUUAAAGAGAUGCUGGCGGGAUGCGGGGCAGGCACAUGCCAGGUCAUAGUAACAACUCCCAUGGAGAUGCUGAAAAUCCAGCUUCAGGAUGCUGGAAGGCUUGCUGCUCAGAGGAAGCUCAUGCCAGAGACGGUGGCAGCAGGCACCGUGGAGACCAAGUCCCCGACGGCCAUGCAGCUCACCAGACAAUUACUGAGGGAAAAGGGCAUYGCUGGGCUUUAUAAGGGCCUGGGUGCCACGUUGCUCCGGGAUGUUCCUUUCUCCAUCAUCUAUUUCCCACUUUUUGCCAAUCUGAACAACCUGGGGAAGAAAGAUGUGGAGGGUCCGGCUCCGUUCUACGUGUCAUUUGUCUCAGGCUGCGUUGCAGGGAGCACAGCAGCUGUCGCAGUCAACCCUGUUGAUGUAAUAAAGACCAGACUGCAGUCCCUGAACCGAGCGAGCACAGAAGACACGUACUCUGGAGUGACCGACUGUAUCAGGAAAAUCCUGCGCAACGAAGGCCCGGCGGCCUUCCUGAAGGGCGCCUACUGUCGCGCCCUGGUCAUCGCACCGCUCUUCGGCAUCGCGCAGGUGGUCUACUUCCUGGGCGUGGGCGAGUUUAUCCUCAGUUUCUUGCCCAAAAGAAGCAACUAAGGAGCGCCUUCAUUUCUGCCUUCCCUCCCAUGAUGCAUCACUUCGACUACAUGAGAAUUCAUCUUACUCUGAGAGGUUUAUUUGUUUUGUUUUGUUGUUUGUGUCGGGGUCAGUAUGUGACUGGUCGUUUUGUUUUUAUUUGUUGUGUUGAAUGUUAAGAAGGGAGCCUUUGUUUGCCAAGAUGCCUGUGGUGGCACACAAGUUUCCAGUUAGCAGGCCCAACACUUAGACGCUUUCUGGAAAUGACGCCACAAAUAUCGGUGUACAAUAACAGGAUUUUGUUGUGCUUCUGAACACGAUUGUCACAUUCGCGGAGUCGACGCGCUGCCCUUGGCUGCUGCAGUUCUGCGAGCCUCAUGCUGAUUUUCUUUUGCGUUUGUUUUCUUCUUCAGUGUCAGCGAAUUCCUCGGCAAUCUAUUUGAAAUCACAAUCAUAAAUUAACUGUUAAAAGCACAUUCCUCAGUUUCGCAAGAGAAGCUUUCGAAAAACUUUAUAUCCUGAAAGAUGAGAGAUCUCUUAACUGGAGGAAAAUAAGCCGUAUGAGCCAGUUUCAAUCCAAGUCCCAGGCAAUGUGUUGAUGUGAUACCAGCACAAUCCCUCUGAUCUUUCCUGAGAAGCCACUUCCCUUUGUGUACAGUAAGUGGUUGUAAUGAACUCGGCCUUUCAGCUCAGAGCAGACUUUGAUUGCCUUGGCUUUUUAAGUAGAUCAGGUUCCAUCUGAUAUUCAGUGCUGCCGCAAUGGGUCCACUGUUUUAUUUUUAUUUUUUUUUUACCUCCAGGAACACUGUCUGUAGAUUCUGCCUCCAAAUCAGCCAGUGUGAACAUUCUGAGCUGCUACCAUCCUAUAAGUUUACAUUGCUUCAAUGUGAGACGACCUCUGUCCCAAAAUGGCUGCUGCGCCUCUUUCUUUAGGGUAAAGCUGUUGUAAUUUUUAGACACAACUUGGUUAAAGCUGAAGUUUUGCAUCUGUACUUAAUAGAACGACUCAAGUGAUUGGAUUGUGGCCCUAAGUGCAAAGUGCAGCAGCCAUUUUCCCCAACAUGUCAUUYUUUGUGUUUUAAACUGUGGUGAGCACAAGUUUUAAUAGAAAAACAUUAUUUUUUCCUCAAACUUGCAGCAGUCAGCCAUUAUGGAGCAACAAAUUACUCCCCCCCACUAUACUUUGUGUUUUGUUUACAAAAGAGUACACGCUCAGUUGUGAUGCUUUGUCCAAACUGGAACUCAGUGACAGAACCCCAAAGAGCUAACAAAAAAAUCCUUCUCUUUCUGAAAAUCUGACCAUCGUGUCCUCAGUGUGAGGAUGACUUUUUACCAAAAGCAUAUCYCAGCCGGUUAGCUUUGGAGGUUUUGUUUGCCAGGGAUAAAUUCAGCCUCGCUGUAUCUUGUUUAUGCAUCUCAGCAACACCUAAGGCCUGCCAUUGGUUUAUCAUGUCGGGAGAUCAAGGUGACCCUUGCAGGGUAUUGUCCAAUCACAUUCCUUUCCUCGCUCCAGCUGGUCAAGCAGCUCUUCAGUUGUUCUGUGGACUGGUGGUGCAACUUCUUUUUUUUUUCAGUGUGAUAUCGUUUGUGGGAGGGAGCUUUAUUUAUCAAUGUUCCUAUUUUUUUUAGAGGCAAUAGAGCCUCAUAAAUACAUUUGUAUGUGUUGUUUUUGUAUCAAAUUGUCCACCUUAACUUUAUUGUACAUAUGCAGGUGAAAUGAAAUUUGAGAUUUUAUUGUUUUGUAAAUGUUGGCUUAUUUGCACACCUACCUCCCCCCACCUUUUCAAUUCAUAUCGUGCUGAUUUUAUGUUCUGAUGAUGCAGGAAAACAAAUUAAGGAAGUAAAACAAUAUGCCACGUUGGAACUCUAGUAUAGAUUUCAGGUCGGAGGUGCCAUUUCUCCCACGCUAUCAGUUAAAUUCAGCUGGUUUCCUUCUGUUCCACGACAGGACCAAAUGAAGAAUCUUAAUGCUGAUCAUUUUCCAGUGACAGAUUUUUUAUUUUAUUUUAUUUUUUUUCCAGCUGAUGGGGAAAUGUGCGUCGACCAAAGCAGGAUAAGCUCGUUAAGAGUUUUGUAUCUGGUCGUGAUGUUUAAAUCGUUUGUUUGAAUGGUGCUUUAUUUUCCACAAAGUAGCUGCAACACGACUGAGGCUGCACUGCCUGAACCCCCACGGGAGCUAAUCUGAGUCGUCUUACUGUAACUGAAAGCCAUAGGUCAGUCAGGGAGGGACUGCUCUAACACUGACUGGCACCUUCCAAACAUCAGAGGCGCGUGGAAAAAAAAAAAGGGCAAAAGGACCCAAAUAUUCAUGUGAGCUUGUGAGCCUGUAAUUUAAUUUUUUUGUUUACAUUCCACCCUGUUUUUGUGAUCACAAUGCCUCUUUUACUUAUACAUUUUUUGUUUUCAGAUUGUUUUUUAUUUUUAGUUAAUCCCUGAAUGUGUCGUGCAAAAUGGUUUUGCUGUCCUCGGCUGUGACUUUUCACCAGCUUGGUGCAUUUGGUUCUGUACGUGCGUUUGGCAGUGUAGUGCUGUAGAAGUCGUUGUGUAGUUGUUAAGAGUGCCGCUUGGAUAUUUUUUUGUUUUCUCUCUCUUGCUUUGAUUGUCGACCCUCUUUUGUUUACUCCCCGCCGUGUGUUUGUGCUUGAUUCCCCCCAGCAGUAUCCACCGCCGGGCGGGGGUGUUAGGGUCAUUUGCAGAAGGAGAUUCUAGAACACACCAAUUACACGACUUAAGAGUGUGUACAAUCAAAAGAAAGCACAUGAAAAGGAUUGUGGGGUAUGAAAUAGCACACGUUCCUCUUUGAAUAUGCCUGGAAAUCCCCCAAUGUGCUGAUUUGAAGAAUUAAAGUGAUUUAUUUCUGCGACACUGUUAAUCCAAAUGACCUUUUUAAUCUUAUUUAUCUAUGUCUGUGUAAAACAUAAAUAAAAAAUAAACAUAGGGCUGAGACAAAUACCUACACAACGAUGUCCACUAACAGUUUAGCCACAAAAUGUAUAUCGCCUACAUAUGAGAAUCAGAUAUAAGAAUGUAACUUAGAUAUUAUGAGAUGUAUGAUUAUAAUUGUGAAGAGUUUAUGACUUAAAGAUUUGUGCUUUAAAUGUUCACCAAGGAAAAAAAGCAAUUCACGAACCAGCUUACUGUUAUGCAAUAAGUAGAAUUCACACACACGGUAGAGAAAAGACACAAACAACACAAACACGUGAUCACAGCAACGUCCACCUAAGCUUUUGGAGGUCUUUUCUUAGGGUCUGAGCUCACCUCACAGCCCAUGUUCUCUUCCUCCGAGAGGAAAACGUGCAAUAAAGCACUUUAAAACCUCGCCCCCCCUCGCUGUAAACCUACAGAGUCUCUCUAUUACAGAGGGUGUUUAUGAGGAUGUGCGGUGAAUGACACAGUUCUUUGAAAUGAAAUGGAAAAUAUAAAUAUAUAUAGAUAUUGUGUUUCUUGUCACAAUUUACUGUUCAAUAAACUAACUGUCCUAAAA